AUGGCGUUAUUCUCUCCCCCGAUCUCUUCUUCACUUCAAAACCCUAACCUCAUCAUCCCCAAGACCUCACUCUCUCUCCUCUCCACCAAGCGCCUCUCUCUCGUCUCCCUCACUCGAGCCUCCUCCUCAGACAACGGUACCUCAACACCCGCUUCCACCACAGUCUCUGCAACCACCGUAGAGAUUCCGAAGCCUACGCCUGUCACCGUCGAGGAGGGUCCGGCUAAAUCCCCGACGGAAAGCUCCUCCGACGAGACUGAUUUGACAACCACAACGACGGAGAUCAAGUUUAAGGAUGCGAAGUGGGUUAACGGAACGUGGGAUCUGAAACAGUUCGAGAAAGAAGGCAAAACCGAUUGGGAUUCUGUGAUCGUUUCUGAGGCAAAGAGGAGAAAGUGGCUUGAAGAUAACCCUGAAACAACUAGUAACGACGAGCCUGUCCUCUUCGAUACCUCGAUUAUUCCAUGGUGGGCAUGGAUGAAGAGAUACCAUCUACCCGAAGCUGAACUCCUCAAUGGUCGUGCUGCGAUGAUUGGAUUCUUCAUGGCUUACUUUGUUGAUAGCCUUACGGGAGUAGGACUAGUCGACCAAAUGGGAAACUUCUUCUGCAAAACACUCUUGUUUGUGGCUGUAGCUGGAGUUCUUUUCAUUCGCAAGAAUGAAGAUUUAGAUAAACUCAAGGGUCUUUUCGAAGAGACAACCUUAUAUGACAAGCAAUGGCAAGCGGCUUGGAAAGAGCCAGAGGAAUCAUCUUCAUCAACGGAUUCUUCAAAGAAGUGAACAAAGUUCUUGCUUUUGCUUCUUCCUGUUAUGUGAUGAUCAGUGAAAGUCACAAGAUCAUUUCUUUAUCGUUUUACCGAUCUUGAGAUUGUAAUCUUUGUGGCUUUAUAAAAUCUCUAUGAAAAAGUCCCAAAGAAAGUGUAGAGAAACUAUAUAAGCAAAACGAAGUAAUAUACAAUUUGAGACGUUAGUUGCGG